GUUUUUUCAUCAACUGAUAACAUUGUUAUUUAGCAAUUUCUACUUAUAAAAUUCUUAGGUUAUGUAAUUAUAUUAGCCAUUGAAAUGCUAGCAUUUAAAAAUACUACCUACUCUAUAAUAUUUGGGAUAGUACCUUCUUUCCUCAUACUUAUCUUAUAUAUGCUUUAUAAAAAUAAUUUAGAAUUGUUUAAGGAUAUCACUUUAACAUUGAUGAAUAGUCUUAUUGGUAUUAUGUUUUAUUUUUUAGGAUAAUAUGAUUUGCAAGACAAUUAGCAGAAAUAUUAGCUUGAUGAUGGUUAAUUAAAAUUAAGUUAACAAAUUUAUUAAUACAAAGUUUAAUUAUUUUUUAUAAUUGGAGUACUUCUCUCUUUUUAAUCCGCAUCGCUAGUCUAUAUGAUUCAGAUUUGGUACUUUAAAAUAAUCAGUAUAAGCAUUAUGUGGGCAAGUUUAAUGAUCAACUUAAAUUAUGAAAUUCUACUAAGGUUAAUAUAUUUGGCGAUUAUUUCUUACAUUAUUUCAAUAUGGUACUUCUACUAAGACUUUAAGCUCAAAAAGCUAUAGUUUUAUUUUCUUUACAAUAUUCAAAUGGAGUAAGAAGGAUGGUAAAAGCUUGUUAAUUAAAAUUUACCUUGCCCUGUGCUUGUUGUGAAAGAAAAUGAGGAAAAAAAGGGAGAAAUUUCUGUAGUUUUUUAAAAUAAAAAUACAAAAAACGAGUUUAAGCGGAUAGGAAAUGUUGAUAUAAAUUGGGUUAUGAAUAACAUAUAUGUAAACCAAAACAGUAUUUUAGAAAACUCCUAACAAAUAGAUUCUUUUAAUAAAGCAAAUUUUAUUUAAACUAUAAAAGAUGUAAAUUAAAAUUAGUUAAAUGACUUUUAAUCUUAAAAGAUUGUCUAGCCUUUGGAAGAAUCUUAACCGUAACAAAAGCAAGGUAACAGCAACCAUUAUAAAUAAUCUUUAAAGUCAUCAAUUACCAAAACCAAGUAAUUACAAAAUUAGUAAUCUUCAGAAAAAAAUUUAAUUGGCUAAGAUUUCAUUACAUUUUAAAAGUUUGAGUUAGCUUAAUCUAGAAACCAAGGGUUCUCACAAUAAAUAUAAAGUAGUAAAGUUUAAAAUCAAAUAUAAUAGUCUUAAGAAUAAUAAUAAUUAUAAUAAAUUCCAGAAAUUUAGCUUAGGUUUCCAAAGAUAAAAAGAGAGUAGCCCUCUAAUAUAUCAGCAAGAUAAACAAGUGAAAAAUAAUUAAAAUUUUUAAAUAUAAAAAGCCAUUUUAAUAGCAUUGUGGAAUGCAACAAAGAUAGCUAGGCAAAAUAGAAUAAAAACGAUUAAAAUGAUAAUAAAUAAUAAAAGUAUGCUCCUUUGAAAGAAUUGAUAAUUAAGAAAAUUGAGAACUACAGAAAUGCUAAGAGUUUUUAAAGUCUAAACAAUCUAAAAAAUUAAAAUACUAACUAUUUGAGACUAGAAAAAGAAGAAUAUUUCGCUAAAUGCAUUCUUAACGUUCAUCUUUAAAUUUAGAAAGAUAAAAUCAAAUAGGAAGAAAAUGCUAAGCAUAAUGAGCCAAUUUUGAAAAAAAAGCAAUAAAGCAAUUAAUAAUUAAACCAAAAAAGAAGUGAAGAUAAUGAAGACGAUCAUCUAAAUGAAGAAUCAAACAACAAUACAAUAAAUAAUAAAAAUAUUAAUUGUAAUAGCUACACAAUAAGCAAUAAUAAUCAAAACAACAGUUAUAUAACUAGUGUCUAUAAUUAAAAUCAGAAUAUUAAUAGCAUGACUUUAAAUGAUACAUCAAGGAAAGAAUCCAAAAGUAGUCAUGUCGAGUACUAUGAAAUGAGACUUGUUGAGUGUAUUUGGGAGAACGAGCUAUGUAUUUUAAUACUAAUGACUAAUAUAUCAGAUAAAAUAAAGAAUGACUUUUAUAAAGAAAUUAAUCACUACAAAGAUGAUUUAAUUAACACAGUUACACAUGAUUUAAAAACUCCUUUAAAUGGGAUUAUUAGCAUAUUGGAAAGCGCUAUUUCAUUAACUAGCUUUAAUGAAAUGUAGAAAUGUAUUUAAAUUGCUCGUAAAAAUGGAGUUCUGCUUACAGCAAUUAUUAAUGAUAUAUAAGAUUUUUAAAAUAUGAAAAAAGGAGAAUUCAAAUUAAACCCACAAAAGUUUAAUCUAAAUGAAUUAAUGAUUGAAAUCAAAGAAUUGAUUGAAUACUAAGCGAAGAGUAAGGGGAUUGAGUUUAAGACAUCAAUCAGUGUAGAAAAUACUUUCAUUUACAAUGACUUCAAUCGUAUUAAAUAAAUAGUAUUAAACCUAAUUGGUAAUGCCUUAAAGUUUACUUUUAAAGGUUAUGUUUUUUUCGAAAUAACUUAAUUAAAUAAUCAGUAUCUUAAAUUUGCCAUUGCUGAUACAGGAAUAGGUAUUAGUACUUAGCUAUAAAAAAAAAUAUUUCAGCCCUACGGAACUUAUUAGCAAAAGAAAAAUUAUCAACAUGGAUGUGGAAUCGGCUUAGCUAUUUGCCAAAAGCUAGUUCAAAAAGUUGGAAAUGGAAAUAUAGAGCUAAUUAGUAAAGAGGGAUAAGGUAGUACUUUUAUAUUCCUUGUACACAGAUUUUUAGAAGAAUAAUAGACUAUGAGUAAAUACUAACUCUAAGAAUCUCUUUCAAGCUUAAAAAAAAUUAGAGCUUUAGGCGAAUCCUUUUAGAAACAGUAACAGCUAGAAAUUUAAAAGAAAAAAGAAAUUAUGUUUGGGUUUCCUAAUUGUAAGUCUCAACAACACUUACCAAGUGGAACUCUAAGCUUAGAAAUUUUAGAAGGACACGCAUCAAAUUAGGGCAGCAAUAAAAUAGCAAAUAUGCGUUAGCAGAGUGGUUAAAGAAUAACUAGUGAUAUAAAUCUGUAAUUAAAGUAAAAUAAAAUGGAUAGAGAAAGCUCUUCAUAAUUUUAAAAUAUAGACUCUCAAUUCAAAUAAUUAUUUAAGCUUGAUAAAAAAAUAAAUAUUAGAAAUUAAAAAAACAGAUCAUAAUCACUACUAGCUAAUAUUGUAUCUGAAAUAUUGCCUUCAGGCAACGAAUGCUAAACUGCAGGCAUUUAUGGAUUCAACAAUUUAAAUCAAAGUAACAUUAAUAACAUUAAGAUUUAGCAAAGCUAAAUAGAACUCAAAAAUGAUCUCAGCAGUUAGUAGCUGGUUUAAAGAUAGUAUUAAUUAGAUGAAUUGGAUAUUAACCAUUAAUUUCCUUCAGAUAAUAGACUUGAAUUAUAAAAUAAAGUAUAAACACCUUUAUUUAGUAAAUUUAAAUUUAUCUAAACAAUUGGAAAUAAUUUGAAAGAUAAGAGUCCUAUGGACUAAUCAAACAAUUCUAUAAUCACAUAAGACUCCCCUGUUCACUCUAACAAUAAUGUAACAAAGGAUGACUCAUAAGACUAAUACUACCAGUAGUUAUUCCAAACAAAAUAAUCAAAUUAACGUGAUUAAUUCAAUCUGGAUAAAAAAAAUAAAAAGAACUCAAAGUCUAUAAAUAAUCAGUUCUAACAAAGUCAAUAAAAUAAUUUCAACUCUUAGUUAUUGGCUCUAAAUAAUCCCUUAAACCAAAACAUUACAUAAAAUAUUUAAAGAAAAAAAGGUAGAAAAAUAACUUAAAGUGUUUUAAUUUAAAAUAAUACUCUUGGUAAGCUUGUCUUUAGCAAAUAUAAAAAAAUUUUAAUAGUAGACGAUACAGGAUUCAAUAUUUUGGCUCUUAAGCUAUUACUUAAAUAAUAAAUAAGUACUUAGACUGAGGUUUUUGAAGCUUUUAAUGGUAGGUAAGCUCUUGAAAUUGUCAAAGAAAAGUUUAGAAGCCAGUAAUAUGUAAAUCUCAUUCUAAUGGAUGUUAAUAUGCCUAUAAUGGAUGGAAUAGAAGCAACUCGUAUAAUUAAAAAUUUAGUAAAGGAAGGAAAGAUGAACCCACUAAAAAUUGUGAUGAUUACUGCUUUUGGCUCUCUAAAAGAUAGAGAAAAUGCUAAAUUAGCAGGAGCAGAUGCCUACAUGGAAAAACCUGUAACAGUAAAUUCUUUAAUUGCAGCUAUUGAAUAGGCUGAGUCUGGUUAAGAUUGAACAAACGAAAUGAAAUUUUAUUUAAUGAUAAUAUUUAGUGUUUAAAAAAUAAUUAAAGAUUAUUAAAAAAUUAUUUAUAAUUAGAAAAACUGUAUAUAUCUUUCUGUUAGCAAUAAAUUUAAUAACUUUACUGCUAUAAAAUAAACUCUAAAUAUGUU